AUGGCUUCAGUGAUAUUCUCCCACCUGAAAUACUCCGACAGCUUGACAGUGGUCGGAAUCUCACUUGUCACCGCCAUUGUCUGCGAAGCCAUAUCUUGGCUAUUCAUCUACCGAACGAGUUCCUACAAAACCCUUAAAUCCUCCAUUGAUAAAGCCUCGAAGAAGCUCGAGACCAUGAAAGGACCCGCCGGAGCUACGAGCGAGAUCACGAGGAAGUCUAAAACCAAAAAAAUCGACCGAAUCGAGACAUCGCUUAAGGAUUCCAGCCGCGAUCUGUCGCUGUUCAAGUUCAAGUCCGGCUUCGUUGUCGCGGUUGUGCUCUUCGUCGUUUUCGCUUUCCUAAAUAGCUUGUUCGAAGGCAAAACGGUUGCGAAGCUGCCUUUUGUGCCCCUCCGCCUUGUUCAGAAAAUGAGCCACCGCGGCUUGCCAGGGGACGACAUGACGGAUUGCUCUAUGGCGUUUUUGUAUUUGUUGUGUUCUGUCAGUAUCAGGACCAAUCUGCAGAAGUUCUUAGGAUUUUCUCCUCCACGUGGCGCUGCCGGUGCUGGCGGUCUUUUCCCGAUGCCUGAUCCCAAAUCCAAUUGA